UCUUGAGAGAGAGAGAGAGAGAGAGAGAUCCCUCGUAGUUUCUCGUUAUCCAUCUAAGGGCGAGAACACCAGAGAUAGAGAGCGGGAGAUGGCGGCAGAAUCCGUAAGAAUAUCAGUGUCUGGUUCAACGCUGUGCAGUUUCCAUGGCUCGUUGAAGCCUCUGCCCGUGUUUAAGAAUCGAUUCCUUGGCCUCAACAGUUUCAGUGGACAUUUCUCUGCUUCUCAGUUGUUCGGAAAUAUUCGUCUCAGUUCGAAACCUUCGAAGUUAUCAUAUGUACAGGAGCAAAAGAGGAAACUCUCUGUUGUUGCCAUGGCCGGUGACGAAACAAAGCGUACGAUACCAUUGAAGGAUUACCGCAAUAUUGGAAUUAUGGCUCACAUAGAUGCAGGAAAAACUACCACAACUGAAAGGAUUCUAUACUAUACUGGAAGGAACUAUAAGAUAGGUGAGGUACACGAGGGAACUGCUACAAUGGACUGGAUGGAGCAGGAACAAGAAAGAGGGAUCACCAUAACUUCUGCUGCAACUACCACGUAUUGGAAUAACCAUAGGAUUAACAUUAUUGACACUCCUGGCCAUGUGGACUUCACUCUUGAAGUGGAGCGGGCUCUCAGAGUCUUGGAUGGUGCCAUAUGCUUGUUUGACAGUGUAGCUGGUGUGGAACCACAAUCUGAAACCGUGUGGAGGCAAGCCGAUAAAUAUGGGGUCCCUAGAAUAUGCUUUGUUAAUAAGAUGGAUCGGCUUGGGGCAAAUUUUUUCCGAACAAGAGACAUGAUAAUCACAAAUUUGGGUGCAAAACCUCUUGUGCUUCAAAUACCAGUUGGUGCAGAGGAUAAUUUUCAAGGAGUUGUUGAUCUUGUGAAAAUGAAAGCUAUUCUUUGGUCAGGAGAGGAAUUGGGUGCCAAGUUUGUGUAUGCUGAUAUUCCAGCUGAUCUACUGGAGUUGGCUCAAGAUUAUAGGACUCAGCUUAUAGAAACAAUAGUUGAGUUAGAUGACAAAGCUAUGGAGAACUACCUUGAAGGAGUUGAACCUGAUGAACAAACCAUUAAGAAGUUAAUUAGAAAGGGAACCAUCUCAGGCAGUUUUGUGCCAGUUUUAUGUGGUUCAGCAUUUAAGAACAAGGGUGUUCAAUCAUUGCUAGAUGCAGUGGUUGAUUAUUUGCCUUCACCACUUGACUUGCCAGCAAUGAAAGGGACUGACCCUGAGAACCCAGAAGUGACAAUUGAAAGGACCCCAAGUGAUGAUGAACCAUUUGCUGGGCUAGCUUUCAAGGUGAUGAGCGAUCCAUUUGUGGGGUCUCUUACGUUUGUAAGGGUGUACGCAGGGAAGUUAGCUGCAGGAUCAUAUGUCCUCAAUGCAAACAAGGGGAAGAAGGAGAGAAUAGGAAGACUUCUAGAAAUGCAUGCCAACAGUAGAGAAGAUAUUAAGAUAGCUUUAACUGGUGAUAUUGUUGCUCUUGCUGGUUUGAAAGACACCAUUACAGGUGAAACACUGUGUGAAGCUGAGAAACCUAUUGUGCUCGAACGGAUGGACUUCCCUGACCCUGUCAUUAAGGUUGCAAUAGAACCAAAGACUAAAGCAGAUAUUGAUAAGAUGUCAGUUGGACUCAUCAAGCUUGCACAAGAGGAUCCAUCUUUCCACUUCUCAAGAGACGAGGAGACCAACCAGACAGUCAUUGAAGGAAUGGGAGAGUUGCAUCUUGAGAUUAUCGUUGAUCGGCUCAAGAGGGAAUUCAAGGUAGAAGCCAAUGUAGGUGCACCACAAGUUAACUACCGAGAAAGCAUUUCUAAACUCUCAGAAGUGAAGUAUGUCCACAAGAAGCAGUCUGGUGGGCAAGGACAGUUUGCAGACAUAACAGUAAGGUUUGAGCCCAUGGAACCAGGAAGCGGCUAUGAGUUCAAGAGUGAAAUAAAGGGAGGUGCAGUGCCAAAGGAAUAUAUCCCAGGUGUGAUGAAAGGCUUGGAGGAAUGCAUGAGCAAUGGUGUACUUGCAGGCUUUCCUGUUGUUGAUGUUCGUGCUGUAUUAGUUGAUGGUUCUUACCAUGAUGUCGACUCUAGUGUCUUGGCAUUCCAGCUCGCAGCCCGAGGAGCUUUUCGUGAGGGAAUGAGAAAAGCUGGUCCACAGAUGUUGGAACCCAUCAUGAAAGUAGAAGUUGUCACACCAGAAGAGCAUCUUGGUGAUGUGAUAGGUGACCUCAAUUCAAGGAGAGGACAGAUCAACAACUUUGGCGAUAAACCUGGUGGUCUCAAGGUGGUUGAUGCCCUAGUACCAUUGGCCGAGAUGUUUCAAUAUGUGAGUACACUCAGGGGGAUGACGAAAGGUCGUGCAUCCUACACCAUGCAGUUAGCAAAGUUUGAUGUUGUCCCACAACACAUCCAGAAUCAGCUCUCCACCAAAGAGCAACCUGUUGCUACUUAAUUUACUUUUUCUUCAUUAAUUUUCCUGUGGUAGUAGCACCUAGUAGAGUGCAAAAAAGUUUUGUCAUUUUGGUGUGUAAUAAGCAACAUUCUAAUUUAUUUGUACCCAUUUUUAUACAUUGGAAAUCAAAAUAUAAAUUUGGCAGGAAAUAUAUUGGGCACCCCUACGUUAUGAGCA